GCCAGGGAAAUGGUUGGGGCCGGUGGGAAAGUAGUGGCCCUGCCUGGGGGUCCUGCCAGUCUUUUCAUGGGGCUUCCCACCUCAGUUCUAGAACCCACAUUCUCAAUUGCUACUCUGUACUGUCUCUGAAAUAGGAGGGAGCUGAGGCCCAGGGUGGGGAAGGGGCUGGCCUAGUGACUUGGCUAGGUGGCAGGGAUGGGGGCCCUAGACCUCUUAUCUCCAGCCUCAGGGCUCUCCCUGCUCGGCCCCUCCUGACAGCUCCUCUGUCCCCACCCAGCCUUGCUGUGGGCCUCCCAGAGCUAAUAGUCUCCUGGCCUCCCCUUGGCUGGCGGGUCCAGCUCAGAGAGGCUGUGCCCACAUUCCCUGGCCACUCUCCAGCCCACAGGAGCUGAGAAAACAAAGUCCAGCGACUGUGAGGGCUGAGCCGAGGCCGCCGGAGGGGAGGAAGCAGCAAGGAGCCACCGAGCGGAGGGCCCGGUCCAGCUCCCAGAUGCUCGGCCUCCUGGGGAGCACAACCCUCGUGGGCUUGAUCACAGGCGCUGCUGUGGCUGCUCUGCUGCUGCUGCUGCUGCUGGCCACCUGCUUGUCCUGCAGACGGGAGGAGCAUGACGUGGAGAGGAACCGUCCUGUGAGGAGAAACCGAGUCAGGUGGGCCCAAUCUUGGGUCUCCCGAGGUCGGGGUCACCUAGGCCACUUGUACCAUUCCCGUCAUCCCAGACGUGGGACUCACAUGUCCCAUGCGGGCCUCCACCACCACCACCACCAGACCUACCACCAUGCCCACCACCACGCCCACCGAGGCCGCCGCUGAUGCCUGUGAACGACAGCUGCUGCCUGUCCCACCAUCACCAGGACAAGUGGACCCCAAAGUUCCCGUGCAGAAGGGUGCCUCUCCGGUGAACACCGGGGUCUGCUUGGACUUCAUUUGCAUACUCUGCCCCAGUGUACGAUGGGUGGUCCUUUGGGGUGGACACCACCUUGUGACUGUAACUCUCACUGGACACUGGAAGUGACUCCCUGUCCAGUGCUCUGGUGUGUACAGAUGCACAGAAGAUGCACCUUGCUCUCUCCAAAUUCUUAGGCCUCUGGCCGGGCCAGAAGCUGGGAGGGGCCCUGGCAAUGCCCUCUCAUUUACAGAAGGUGGUAUGAGGCUGCAGUCAAUUCAAUGGUGUCUUAAUAUAAGAGAAUAAAAACCACAAAGAGGC